CAAAGAGGGAACCUUCUGUUGCUCCAGAAACUUUAUUUUGUUAUCUUGCCAUAAGGUAUUGUUUCAUAUUUUUCUUUAAGCAGCUUCUGACUAAGUAUCUUGCACAUUUAAAGACUUUCAACUAAGUUCUGAUUUCACGUGCAUCAACUGGAACUUUUGAAAGCCACAGGAAAUUCUCUUUUACCAGCUUCGAACCAAAUAAACAACUCAUUGGGCAACAUUAAACAGAACUACUUCUGUGUUUCUGAGACAUCAGCUGAGACACGAGAUUCAAGGCAACGCCUACAAUUUGUCUCUACAGUUACACAUUUCAGAUGGCUUUAACCAAUACUUCAGAAUGCAAUAUUUAUUCUCAAAUGCAGCCAUUUACUUAUAUUUAUUACUUGAUCUUUCUUAUUGGGUUCAUUGGAAGCUGCUUUGCCCUCUGGACCUUCCUGCAGACAGAGCAUCGCAAAUGCAUGAAUGUCUACUUAAUUAACCUCCUGACAACAGAUUUUUUGCUGACCCUUGCCUUGCCAGUGAAAAUAAUUGUAGAUUUAGGAGUUGCCCCAUGGAAACUGAAAAUAUUCCACUGUCAAGUCACAGCAUGCCUAAUCUAUAUUAAUAUGUACUUAUCAAUCAUAUUCUUGGGAUUUGUAAGCAUGGACCGGUGCCUUCAGUUAACACAGAGAUACAAGAUCUACAGGAUUCAGGAACCUAGUUUUGCCAAGAUGAUAUCAGCAGUUGUAUGGGUAAUGGUUCUCUUCAUCAUGGUACCAAAUAUGAUGAUUCCAAUCAAAGACGUCAAAGAAUCAUCAAAUGUAGGAUGCAUUGAUUUCAAAACAAAAGUGGGAAGAGACUGGCAUGUAUUCACCAAUUACAUAUGUACUGCAAUAUUUCUGAAUUUUUCAGCUAUGGUACUUAUCUCUAAUUUUCUUGUGAUCCGAUUACUGUAUCAAAACAAAUAUACAGAAAGGUAUCGCAGUGUAAAAAAAGCUCUGGUAAACAUACUUUUAGUCACUGCAAGCUAUAUCAUAUGCUUUGUUCCUUACCAUAUUGUUCGGAUCCCAUAUACUCUGAGCCAAACUAAAACUAUAAUUACAGACUGUUUUCUCAGAGAAUCUCUCUACAAAGCAAAAGAAUCUACCUUGCUAUUUGGUGUAUCAAAUCUGUGCUUUGACCCCAUUCUGUAUUUUUAUCUUUCAAAGACAUUUAGACUAACAGUGACCAAAACUUUUGUAUCAUUUAAAGAUAAACAUGUUCCUCAAGAUCAAGAAAUGCAUGGAGAAAAAAUAUCACAGUUUCAUGUUUCAGUUGACACUGCAGUUCUUUCCACCUGAACAGUUCUUUGGACAUUAAAAAUGCAUUUGUCUCCCCAUGUGUUUGGCACAGUUUGCACUCCUAUGGUUUAAAUAAGAUUGGGGAUUGUUGGGGGUGAGGGGCAGCAGGUAAGACUGUGCAGAAGGGGAACACGGACAUGGACAAUUCAGGUGGCAUAACAAAUGGUAGUUUAUACCUUAUCCUCUAAUGUGCUAUGUACUUCCCAGAGCAGCUCAUAAUUAAAUAGUAAAA